UACUGUCUGUCUACUGCUGUCUACUGUCUGCUUGUUUGUACUGUCUAUCUGCUUGUUUCUACUGACUGUCUACUGGUUUCUACUGUCUGUCUACUGCUGUCUACUGGCUGUCUAUUGUUUUCUACUGUCUGUCUACUGUUUUCUGUCUGUCUCCUUGUUUCUACUGGCUGUCUACUGGUUUCUACUGACUGUCUACUGGUUUAUACUGUCUGUCUACUGGUUUCUACUGUCYGCUUGUUUCUACUGUCUAUCUGCUUGUUUCUACUGUCUAUCUACUGGUUUCUACUGUCUGUCUACUGGUUUCUACUCACUUGUUCAUUGCUGUCUACUGGUUUCUACUGUCUGUCUACCUGUUUCUACUGUUGUCUAUUGUCUUUCUACUGGUUUCUACUGAUCGUUCAUUACAUGUACUGUUAAACCUGAGUGUGUAUCUGUUCAUGUGUAUCUGUAUCACAAGAAAAGUCUGUGUGUGUGCGGGCUUUCGGUUCGCGAGCAUGGGCGCGUGCGCCCGGGUUCACGCAUGUCCUGCCCUUGUGCUAUGAUCCGGCGCGUGGACACAGACACACUACUGCAUCUCUCUCUCUCUCUCUCUCUCUCACACACACACACACACAGACACACAGAAAGAGAAAGAGAGAGAGAGAGAGGAGGCGGAAACCUCCAUCUGCCCUGUGCUCGGUGACCGACCCGUCAUCCUCGGGCUCGGGGAAAAAGAAACGGAUCAUCUCCUCAAACCGUGAAGAAAGCGAGUGUGAUAAUGUGACAAGACAAGAAGAAGAAGAGGAAGGGGUGAUUUCACCAUGGAGGAGAUCUAUAAUAGUCUAUAUAUAGGCUAUGCCCCGGACUGCACCACCACCACCACCUCCUCCUCCACCACCUGCCCUCCCGGUACCGGUAAGUCACGGAGGAUAAAGAUGAGAGAUAUGUCAGCCCCGUGCUAGCAACGGCCGGUUAUCGAUGCUAGCUGACCCGUGGAAAUGACUUUUGAGGUCUUAUGAGGUCGGGUUACCGUUCAGCCAUGUUGCAGGAGAGCGCGAGAGAGAGCGAGGGAGGGGGGUAACUGCUGGGCUCGUGACACCUGCCCUCGUUCCCGGUAACUGAAAAAAAAAAAAAUCCUUUACAUUUUUUCUUCUUCUACUAAAUAAUCGGUAAUAAUCGGUACACGUGACAGCCCACACCGGGAGAUGAGUUUGUGACUCGGUGGUUCGGGGUAGUCUUGAGGUGCCGUUCAGCCAUGUUGGAGAGAUGUAACUGUAGCUAACGGCUCCGGGGCUCCGGGGGGCUUUGACACCGACCGACCGACACCGAUGGGGUGUUAUGGAGAAACUGGUGCCCGGUCAUUUUCGCUCCCCUGUGGCGCAUGCGCAUGCGGAUGCGGUGGCGGCGGCAGCCCCGUACCGUGUCGCCUAGAGACAGGAGGCUGAACGAAACGGGGUCGACGAGGGUAACGGUUACCGGGGCGAUGAACAAGCUGCCGGUUACAUUCAUUUAAAAUACAUUAUUUAAUUUAAAGGUCAAUGAGAGGCAGCAACUGUAAAUCCUCCCUCGUUUUAUCUCUCUCUCUCUCUCUCUCUCUCCUCUUCUCUCUAUCAUGCGCUCUUCACUUCCAUAUGUUAAAAAACACAGUCGUCUUAUUUUAGCAACACUGCCUUCCUCCUCCUCUUCUUCCUCCUCUUCCUUCUCUCUUGCCCUCCUCUCUUCUGAGUUUUGACUCCCUCUCUUUUGACACACACACACACACACACUCUGGAAAAUGAAACGUGGGUCGAGUGUGUUGCAGCCUCCCUCUGAUGCAGCCAAACGACACACACACCCUGCAAACGGACAACGCACAAAGACACACACAGCCGGCGAUGGCGCUCGCUCGCUGAGUGAGACGCAGGACGCCGUGCAUGCCGCAGGUUCGAGUCCCUUCCCAGCAGCCACCUCUCUCUUCAGCCCGGAUGUCGGCACCAAGAUGGCGUCCGACCUCCUCAUCAGGCUGUCAGAGGCGACCCAGAAGGCCCAGAUGCAUCCAGGGAGGCUAGCGGAGGCGGAGCCUCUGAUGCGCGAGGCCCUGCCGGAGGUGCGCGGCGGGCAGCAGGACGAGCCGGGCCUCGCCCUCUCUCCGGACGGCCCCGGGGCCAGUCCUGAGCCGCCAUCGCUCUCACACACACCCGACGGCAACGCUGCCACCGACACUCUGGCCUCGGACCUGCUGAGGAAACUGGCAGAGCGUCAGGAAGUGAACAGCCAUGUGGUGAGGGUCAAAGAAGAAGAAGAGCCAAUGGAAGUCGACACAAUGGUUGCCUCUGACCUCGUCCAGGAUCGACCAAUCCCAAAAGAGAUACCCUCACCUUCCCUAAAGAUGGCGAGCCACCACGUCUUCAGCAUUAAAACAGAAGACCAGGGUCUCCGUGGCAAAAAGGUGGCGGAGCAGCUGCACCCUGGAGCCAAGAUGGCGGACCAGCGUCUGCAUGGCCUUAAGAUAGAAGACACGUUUUACACCGGAGGCUGCCAGCCUGGAUCAAAGACGGCACACGGCGUCGUAUCCGGAGCCAACACGUUACAGUUCAGGGUGAAAAUGGAGGAUCGGGGCGUCUCUGGAGCCAAGAUGGCGGACCAGCUUCUCUUUAAAGCCAAAAUUGCAGAGCGGCCUUUCUCCGCCGCCAAGAUGAGCAACAAGUUCCUCUCUGGAUUCAAGAUAGAGGACCAGUUUGCUUCAGGAGCCAAGAUGGAGAACCAGCUUCUCUUCGGAACCAAAAUGGAGAACCGGCUUCUUCCCAGGGCCAUGGUGACGGACGGCGUUUUCUCAGGAGUGAAGGCGGAAGAGCAGCUCUUCUUCGGAGCCAAGAUGGAGGACCAGUUCUCCCCCGGAGCCAAGAUGGCCGACCAGUGCCUCAGAGCUGUGCUGUGGCAGGACAUGUCGGUGAACCUGGCGUCCACGCUGCUGCACCAGCUCUCAGAGAGAGUCAGUAAAUCCAACAGUCGGCCGGACGAGAGGUUGACUCCGCUCAUCAGGAGCAGUCCUGUCCUGAAGGUGAAUGUGGACACACUCCGCUCCUCGCCUCUCUUGAGCUCCCAAGAACCUCCUCAUGAAACCAAAACCAGCCUCAGCAGAGAUCAAACCACCGGUUGCUCUUAUUUCUACAGGUGUCACGUGUGUGGCUUCGAGACGGAUGGCCGCGGCCUCUUCCAGAGUCACAUGACGGACCACCGCCAAUGGGAGCGCGGCUCCUUCUCGCUGCACUGCUGCGUGUGCGACCACUCGACCAAUCAUGAGGCAGAGAUGAGGGCUCACGCCAACACGCACGUACGGGGGAGCACGGGAGCCGACGGAGAGAUGAGGUGCCCCGUCACCUCUCCCUCCUCCUCCAGCAUCGGCUCCCCGUCAGUUGCCGUGGUAACCCACCAGGAUGGGGAGGGCUCAUCCUCGGAGCACCGCUGCCGCAUCUGCCAGAGGUCGUUUCCAGGGCAACAGGAGCUGCUGGUUCACUUCCAGGGUCAUCGCCAGGGCAACCAAUACCGGUGCGACCGCUGCGGUCACCUGACCCGGACGGCCAAUAAGCUGGUGGAGCACGUGCGCGUGCACACAGGAGAGCGCCCGUUCACCUGUGAGCUGUGUCCCUACAGCGCCAAGAGGAGGGACAGUCUGCGCCUCCACUGUAAGGUCAAGCACCCCGCAGACGUGCACACGCACACCUCCUACGUGCACGGAGACAAUCAGCGCUCACACACACAUGUCCAGAGGCUGCACACGCCCACCAACACACGCACCGCUGCAGUCUCUGCCUCCUCCUGUUCCUCCUCCUCCUCACUUCCUCCUCUUCAUCCCUCGCUCUCUGACCGGGCAGGAUGGAGGGAUUUGUCUCCUCUCCUCCCCAUCACGACGCUCAUCUCUCUGAAGCCUCGCUCUCCUUCCUCCUGCUCCUCCUCCUCUCCUUCCUCCUCCUCCUCUUCCUCCUCCUCGUCUUCCUCCACCAAACACUCCUUCCUCGGUUACCUUGGUCUGACAACUCCUUUGUAAAUGCUUUUUUUCUUUUUUCUCAUCUAUUCCUCUCCUCUGCCCGUCUCUCUCUCCUCUCCUUUCCUUAU